AUUAUAUCGGUUUUAUCCAAAAUGUCUCUCCUCCUUUCUCAAUCUUUCCCAUCUUUAAUGGCUUCCUCUAUUUCGACCUCCUCUCUGGUUCCUUUGAAGAAUGUUGACAAUGCUAGACUUUCCUCUUCUAUGUUUCCUUCAUCCAUCAACUUAUCCUCGAACUCAAAUGUUUAUCUUCAAUUCUUCAACAAGAAACCGUCUUCGCUUCUCUCUUCAACUCCUAGAUUUGUCACUGUCAUUGCCAUGGCUCCUCCUAAGCCUGGAGGAAAAGCCAAGAAAGUGGUUGGAUUGGUAAAGCUGGCUCUGGAGGCAGGGAAGGCCACGCCUGCACCGCCGGUGGGGCCAGCUCUUGGUGCAAAGGGUGUAAAUAUAAUGGCUUUUUGUAAGGAUUAUAAUGCUAGAACUGCUGAUAAAGCUGGUUAUGUUAUUCCCGUUGAAAUUACUGUUUACGAUGAUAAGAGCUUCACUUUUAUUCUCAAGACCCCUCCUGCUUCUGUUUUGCUCCUCAAGGCUGCCGGAGUGGAGAAAGGCUCAAAAGACCCAAAGUCACAGAAAGUGGGAAAGAUUACCAUUGAACAAUUGCGGGCCAUUGCCACUGAAAAACUUCCAGAUUUGAAUUGCACGACUGUUGAGUCAGCCAUGAGAAUUAUAGCAGGAACUGCUGCUAAUAUGGGAAUUGAUGUUGAUCCCCCUGUUCUUGAACCCAAAAAGAAAGUGAACCUGUAGUUUCAUUAGUUAUGUUGUGGCUGUAUGGUACAAUGUAUCCUACACAUGCAAGUCUUUGUACUUUUGAGUUGUGGUUUGUUUUUUAAUGAUGAAUGGAGGGUGGAGCUACAAUAGGAAUUAAUGGCAAA